AUGAAGAUCCAGAGCAGUCAUUUCAAAUCAAAAAAUAAGGAUGUCGACAUCUCAAAUGCAGUUUAUCGACCCCUCUGCUAUUCAGUGGACUAUGACGUUCUAAAAAUUCUUCUUGGCUUUUUAAUUGCGUUGUUGCUUGCUGCGAUUCUUAUUGCUGUGAUCGUCAUUCCACGUUCGUCGGGUUCAGUCGACCUACGCGCAUCGAAUGAACAAAUCGCAAAAUUACAACGCGAAUCCAAUGAGAAUAUCGCACGAUUGCAACGUGAAUUUACAGAGAAUCUAACACGUUUGAUGCAUAACGAACAAUUGAAAGAAGCAGAUAGAUUGACUAAACGCGAAGAAACUUUUAUUGAAAAGAAUCGUGGCGAAGAUCAAGCGAUUCAACGUGAUCAACGUCAACAGGAUCUAUCUCUUGCCAUGCAGCAGUUACGGCAACAUAUAAAUAUUGAAGAACGUCGUAUUCAAAUUUUGCUAGAAGAUCGACAAAUACGCGCGGAACAUCGAAAAGAAGAUCAAAGUCGAGAGAAUGCGGAUUUACUUGCUCAUUUUAUUGAAGAAGUUGUUUCCGCUGAGGAACCAUUAGAAGAUUCUCUCCUACGAGUGAAAAUCGAUUCACUACUUACUCGUUUGGAUCGUGAGCAUAAAUCAUCCUUAAUUGACUUUCUCUACAAAUUGAAAUACAUUCAUGGCGAGCGUCCGGAUAAGACACCAUUGAAUUUACAAGGCGCAUUUUUGAAAGAACUCGAUCUUGAUGACCUCGAUAGGAAUUCUGAUGAAGGAGGAACUCAACUAGAUUACAGUCAGUUAAUGUUACCAUCCACAAUAUUGAUCAAUGCUUCGCUUAAACAGAUCUUGUUGCCCAAAUCGAAUUUUAGUUCGAGUAAUCUGCAAGGUGCAAUGCUUCAGCAAUCCGAUGUAACCCAAGCAGAUUUUUCUCGUGCAACGUUAAUUAUGUCGAAUUUUCGUCAUGCGAAAGCUUCAGAGAGUAAUUUUAUGAAUGUUAAGAUGCGAAGUGCUUUAUUUGAAAAUGCUGAUAUAACCCGAGCACGAUUAACCAAUUCUGAUUUAUCGUCUACUAAAUUUCAAGGUUCUAUUGCCGUGGAAGCAUGGUUUUCUCGUUCGGAACUAUCAAAUGCUGAUUUUCAAGCAGCUGAUCUAUCUCGAGUUCUAAUGAAUAAUGUCUCUGCUCGUUCAGCAAACUUUUAUACAAGUAAUGCAGCUGACGCUGAUUUUUCACAUAGUUACUUAUCAAACUGUCUGUUUCAAUGGGCUAAUUUACGUGGUGCAUCUUUUCGAAAUGCAUUCUUAGCGGGAACUACCUUUGAAAACGCAAAUGUUGAAUUCGCCGAUUUUAGCAAUGCACAACUGAUUGGAGUUAUCAUUACACAAGGACAACUUAAUGUCGCUUUGUCGAUUGCAAAUACUAUUUUGCCCGAUGGAUCAACAGGAAGAAAUAUAAAUUUAGUUAACAAUAGUGAUGCACAAUGUGUAGGAAUGAAUGAAACAAUUCCAUUCUGGACUAGUGAUGGACAUGUUUCUACUGUUGGUGUUCCGUCAAGUACAGAGUGUCUGUUUCAAGGGAAUCAACAGAAUGCCAUAUUGCAACAACGAGUUGAUGCGCGUCGUUAUGAACGGUUAAUUCGACGGGGAGGUAGCAAAGUUCGUAUUGAGAUGCAAGGAAAAACAUCGGAUGGUGUUGUCGAUCCAAUAAAUUUACCUAUCUAUAUGAAUGUACGUUUUUUGGAUCUGAAUAACAAUGAUAUUGGCCCAGAACAGUCAACGUUAAAUAAUACUCGAGUAACAGGAUUCUCAGUAUUAGUGGCCUAUCUUCCAUGUCCUUCAGCGACUACUGAACUACAACUUACUGUUGUAUUCAAAGCAACCAAUGCCACUGUUGACAAUAUCUAUGUGUCAAUCGAAUGA